CAUCACUAAUUUUACCGAAACCUCAUUAGUCGUAUGAGGCUACGGGGAGGGUAAACACUAGACAGCAAAUGCAGAUUCAGAAAUGGUCCUACUGUAAUCUUUUCCAUUUAAUGAAGACAACGAUGACUAAAAGAAGUCUGCCCCUUACCUGUUUCUUUUCCCCAUUGUCUCCCUAGUACAAAAAGGUCACACCCCUUGAAGCACAAACAAGUCGCUAGAUAUAGGCACUUUGAGAGAGAAAUGGAAUCGGAGGCAGAAGAAGAGCCACGCUUCACACCACCAAGGUCACUGCUAAUACCAAAACCACGUGCAUAUGGACCUAGACAGUCACCGGAAAGGUCAGGGACACUAACCCCACCACUCCACACUUCAGCAUCUGUCCCAUUUCGGUGGGAGGAAGAGCCUGGCAAACCCAGGGAAUAUUGCACCACCCUGAUCUCCAGGCCCAUAGACUUCCCACAAAAGUGCCUAGAGUUACCUCCGAGGCUGUUAAUAGAAACCCUACCUUCACCCACCACAGUCUUGGAGGGUCCUUACUCGGGGAGGUCAUCAAGAUUUCAGUCUUCUUCGUUUAGAAUAAUCAGAUCAAGGGAAUAUAAUUAUGGGUCCUUUCGCAGGCGUGGUAGUCCUGAGAGGGGUCAGCUUGGCACCAUAGCUCCUAGCAAGAGGAGAGUCAAAGAGAAAGGCGGGUUUUUGGGUUCUUGGAGUUGGGGAAGGAGGGAUUUGAAGGGUAAUAGAGAGGCUGGUGGGGGUAGUUAUGUCUUUCCAUCUUCGGGUGAUAGAGAAGCUGCCGAUCAAAGCAGCAAUGAGGAGGAAGAGAUGGUCAGUAGCAGCGACAAAGUCAAGAUGACAAGAAUGAGUAGGUCAGGGAGUUUUUCUGCUGUGUCCAAUGCCAGGUCUCAAUUCUGGGCGAGUAUUUAUGGGGGCUUGAAGCACGUCGCGGGAUGGAGGCGUAAGAAACUGAAGAAAGACCACGGGUUUGUGAAGUGCAGGGUGGACAUGUCCAAUUAAAUAUCUGUUAACCGCUAAGGAUGGUCCUGUAUCCUAUCGACCUUUUUUAUUUCUCUGUCAAAUGAAAAUGGCGUUUUUAUUAUGGUAUUUCCCAUCAUCACCCCUUGCCUGUUCUCCUGCUGUGCUGUCAGCCUGUCAUCUGCAUCGUUUUUGGAAGGGCCUGACCUUAAACUGCAACCUUUUUUCUGAACUGUGGGGAGAGCUUACUGGACGUUUUAGCCGAGUGGUUGACGAGGGCAGCAAUUUGGUGGUAUCGUCAAUGUACGAGUGAAAGCUUUUCUUUCUUUCUUUCAUGAAUAGCAGUAAAAGCGUUUUGUAAAGACUGAAAUGUACUAAAGGUAAGUUUUCAAAGAAACUAUUGCUGCGAUUUACCUUAGAA